AUGGCCAAUGAAAAACCCAAGGAAGGAGUCAAGACUGAGAACAGUGAUCAUAUGAAUUUGAAGGUGAUGGGGCAGGAUGGUUCUGGGGUGGAGUUUAAGAUUAAGAGGCAUAUACCACUUAGUAAACUAGUGAAAGCCUAUUGUGAACGACAGGACACAUCUGCACAGUUGGACAUGGAGGAUGAAGAUACAAUGGAUAUGUUCCAGCAGCAGACAGGAGGCGUCUUCUAA